CGCGCUACAGUCCAAGCGAUCGGUGGAAACGGAAUUGAGCAAAGAACUAAUACAAAUAUUUUUAUAUAGAUAUAUAUAUAUAUAUACGUACAUAUAUAUAUAGACAUACAUAUAUAGCUCAUAUCGUUUGUGUUUCUGAUUUUUGAAGAUGAACAAAAACGUCGGCUUUGUCGAGCGGCUGCGUUGGCGUUUGAAAACCAUCGAGCAUAAAAUCCAACAAUAUCGCCUGACCACAAAUGAGUCGGUCAUCACCGACACGGAAUAUGGCAAAGUGCGGGGAGUUAAGCGCUUGUCCAUCUACGAUCUGCCUUAUUUUAGCUUUGAGGGCAUACCCUAUGCCCAGCCGCCUGUUGGGGAGCUGCGCUUCCGUGCGCCGCAACGACCCACACCCUGGGAGGGCGUCAGGGACUGUACGCAAGCCAAGGACAUGGCAGUACAGGUGCAAUUCGUGUUCGACAAAGUCGAGGGCUCCGAGGAUUGCCUUUAUCUGAAUGUCUAUACGAAUAAUCUGAGUCCCGCUAAGCCACGCCCUGUUAUGGUCUGGAUACAUGGCGGUGGCUUCAUCAUUGGUGAGGCUAAUCGUGAUUGGUACGGCCCGGACUACUUCAUCAAGGAAGAUGUCGUUCUGGUCACCAUACAGUAUCGCUUGGGUGCCCUGGGCUUCCUCAGCCUGAAGACGCCGGGCUUGAAUGUGCCUGGCAAUGCGGGUCUCAAGGAUCAGGUGAUGGCUCUGAAAUGGAUUAAGAACAAUUGCGCCAGCUUUGGUGGCGAUCCCGAUUGCAUAACGGUCUUUGGCGAGAGUGCUGGAGCGGCCUCCACCCACUACAUGAUGCUGACGGAUCAAACACAAGGACUCUUCCAUCGUGGCAUUCUGCAGUCGGGCAGUGCUGUGGCACCUUGGGCCUUCAAUGGCGACAUUACGUCUCGCGCCUUUUCGAUUGCCAAGCUGGCGGGCUACAAAGGCGAGGACAAUGACAAGGAUGUGCUGCAGUUUCUGCAAACAGUGCGCGCUAGGGAUUUGAUACGAGUGGAGGAGCAAGUGCUAACGCCCGAGGACCAUGCCAAUAAGGUGAUGUUUGCCUUUGGACCCGCACUGGAGCCAUAUGCAACGCCCGAGUGCGUGCUGCCAAAGCAUCCGCUUGAUAUGAUGAAGACCGCUUGGAGCAACUCGAUACCCAUGUUGAUAGGCAACACCUCGUAUGAAGGACUGCUCUGGGUACCUGAGAUCAAAUUGAUGCCCCAGGUGGUUCAGCAGGUGGAAUCCGGCACGGCCUUCGUUCCACGUGAGCUCUCAGCGAUCAACCGCGACAAGGUUAGCAGCUGGGGUCAGAAGAUACGCAGUGCCCAUUUAACUGGCGAGAAGGCAACACCUGAUAAUUACAUGGACCUCUGCUCCAUUUUCUACUUUGUCUUUCCUGCGCUGCGUGUGGUCCGCUCGCGACACGCCUAUGCCGCUGGCUCGCCAGUUUACUUCUAUCGCUACGAUUUUGAUUCGGAGGAGUUGAUAUACCCCUAUCGCAUUAUGCGUUUUGGACGUGGCGUCAAGGGCGUCAGUCAUGCGGAUGAUCUGACUUAUCAGUUCAGCAGUCUUCUGGCCCGUCGCUUGUCAAAAGAGAGCCGCGAGUACCGCAACAUUGAGCGCACGGUGGGUAUCUGGACGCAGUUUGCGACGACAGGCAAUCCCUACAGCUCGGAGAUCAACGGCAUGGACAUGAUUACCUGGGAUCCAGUGCGUAAAAGCGACGAGAGUAUAAAAUGCCUAAAUAUAAACGAUGAAUUGAAGUUUAUAGAGCUGCCCGAAUGGCCGAAGCUAAAGAUCUGGGAGAGUCUCUUCGAUGAUAACAAAGAGCUGUUAUUUUAAUUGAGAAAUCCUUUAAUUAAUUAAUAAUUAUAUAUCAAUUUGUACAUAAACCAAACUAUAUUGAGAUAAAGUAAAUAAACAAUUGGUGGAUUGUUGUAAUAAUAAAAUAGAAAAACACAAUAUAGG